UGUGAUUAGAUCAAAAUGUCCUAUGUAGUUAAAAGUUGGGCGAAAUUUUUGUUUUAUUUUUAAACGGAACAGCUUAUUAUAAUUUUUUCGGUUUUAUCACAAUCCUAUACCUAAAAAGCCAUAAUAAUGGCACCUUCUAUUAUCGAAGGAAUUGAUAAUGAAGUUCUUUUCGUGGUUAGCGUUCUGGCGACUCUUUUGACGAUGCUUUUAGUUCACUUGGUGUAUAAUUCAAAUGCAACGAAUCGCACCGCAACAGAACAUGUAUUUGAAUCAAACAUUUCGUCAGAUCCUAACCAAAGUGGUUCUUUUCACCCUACUGAUCGUGCCGAUGAGAACACAAGUCAAGAACAAGGUAGGAAAUUUUAUUUACACCUGCACUUUCAACUUCUUAUCGCCAUAUGCGUACACGUCGCCUAAACAUCCAAGCAGCAGCAGGCCACAACUGCAAGUUGCUAGCUGGUGUUCAGCAGGGUGUGUAGGCCUAAGCGAUGAAGAUCGAAGAAAGAUUUCCGUAUAACCCCGAACCACUUUAAACAAAGCCAUAGUACUUGUCGUAGUCUAUUGCCUUUGUUUUCUUUUAUCAACGAACCGCAUGCUUAAUGAAAGAAGGGACGAUACGGAAAUCUUGCCAAGAUCGAUUAUCGAUUUUACAAGUAGAUUUUAUGUUGCCAUUCCUCUGUUCAGUAGUUGGGUCACAGAUGACAUCAACAUGUGGCAAGAAUAGAAAGGUGCCACGCGAGGCACAGCUGAUCGAGUGUGUCACUGAUGUUCUACUUCUACUUCUACUAUUAAUUGAUAAAGUGUAUCAACGCAUCGCAUCAAUAUAAAUACAACAAAAUAAUAAAUAAAUAAGUAAUAAAUAAACACUAGUAAUAAAGAUAUAUAUGUGAUAUGAGAAAUUUUUUAAAACCAAUUCCCAGUUUCAAUAAGAUGGUUGCGCAGAGUGGCCUUAAAUUUUAAAUUAUCAUCUAUAUUUACAAUGUCACCUGCAAGUCUAUUCCAUUGGUUGACUGACCACAGAAAAAAGCUGUAUGCAUAUCGAUUGCAAUUUGAAUGUGGUCUUAUGAAGGUUUUGGAGUUACUACUCCUUGAAGUGCAAAGGUAAAGGAGUAAGAUAUGAAUCUUUGUUGAUAUCAACAGUAUGAUAAACAAUGUAAUAAAACAUCGAUAAUCAAGAGGGAAUUCAUCUUCCUUCAAUAGAUAGCCACUCCAAUUUAUUUAGCAUAUCAGUUACUAUCCUUGGUUCCUUGGAACAAUUAUUUCUUACUUUGUUGUUUAUGUUAUUUCUUACUAUAUUUUUGCAUCUUCUUUGAUCCAUUACUGCACAGACCCAUGACAAUAUGGAAUCUAUUUGUUUUUUUUAUGAUAAAGAAGCAAAAUGUGUUUAAUGGUGAUGUCAUCUAUGCAUCUCUCCUCCAAUAGAUCAUAAGUAAGAACCAAUCAAAAUGCAUGCACAUAGCAGCCAAACAUAUAAUCUCAUAGAGAAUUAACCCCCCCUCCAGCUUUUGCAUAUUUUGUUUUAAAUCAGUCAAUAGCAUUUGAUGUUGUUGCAUUUAAGAAUAUGAACCCUUUCACUCCCAUGAGUGACCAAGACAGAAUUUCUCCUUACAAUAUCAGGUACAGUACCAUGCAGAUAUGUGAUAAGAAUAAAGAAAAAUAUAUUAAUAAGGGGAUUAAUAGUUAAUCCAUCAACAAAUUCUCAAACUAACAUCAACAGAUACUUUACAAGAAGAAUUUCCCAAUAAUAACCUCUCAAAUUUCAUUAUUAUAAAGUUGCUUUUGGGAUUUAGACUUUCUUAAGUUUGUGAAUUAAAUUGAUAUUAUUUAAUUUAAACCUUUUUGGUUUUAUAUUGCCUUUUAUAUUGCCUUUUUUAAUUGACAUUAGGAUCAGCACAAGAGGUUGACUCAGAGAAUAUUGGACUCAGUCAAACAACAACAACACCACUAUAUGAUGAUACUCAUGAUAGGUCAGCGUCACAACCAGAGAAUGACAGAGUGCGCCAGAGAGGACCGACUCAAAGCACAUCUGAUGCUGGUGGCCAACAAGGUCCCACUGAAGAACCUAUAUCAAUCCGUGUCAAAUUCAUGGAGAAUCAAAGGAAUUUAUCUGUAAAUAGAAGUAUAGCAGUUGGAGAAUUGAAAAGGUAAAGUAAAAUUUAACUCCCACGAGUGACCAAGACAGAAUUUCUCCUUACUAUUUCUAUACAAUAUUAUGAAGACAAGUGAUGAGAAUGAAGAAAAAUAUCAAGUAUGGGAUUACUAAUUGAUCUAAUACCAAAUUCUCCAAACUUACAUGAUGAGAAUCAUUUGGAAGACAGUAAGGAGAAUUACUAAUGAGAUCUUGGCAGUUAAAGAGUCAAGGGCCAAUGAAAUCUAACAGUAAAACCUACCAAAUUGCUUAAAGCGUGGGGAAACAUGGGUGACCAAGCCAUGAUUGGUUUUAGUUUUGAUUGUGAUUGGUUUAGAGAUUGGUGCAAGUUUUCUGGAGCAAUCACAGAGCAAGUGACGUGAAAAUAAAGCAAUCCUAGAUAACUUUCUCGAAACUCAGUUAAAAAUUGUUCUAAUUCUCUUUUGCUUACAGGUUAUGUUUUCAGAAUGAACUUAACAAUGGGAUGAGGGUGCGUCUCAUAUACAACGGAAAACUUCUUCAAGAUGACUCUGCUCCAGUCUCUUUUUAUGGAGUCGCCAAUCAGUCCGUGAUCCACGCCCAAAUAUCUGAUGUACAGAGGGUACCAGGGGAACAUUCGGGUAGACAAGAUGAGGAAGGGUUAAUAUUCUCAAUGGACCCUUCAAAGCUCUUCCUGCCUAUCUUGGCAAUUAUUCUUAUACUCUGCUGGUACGGAUUAUUUAAUUACAGGCAUCUGUUCAGUGCUGCAUCAGUAAUCAUUCUAAUUUUUAUGACACUAGCAUUUGGUUUUUUAGUUUACGUCGUAACGUCUUAGGCUUCAAAAGUUAUAAUAGCGUGAACACUUUAGGCGAUAACUCGUCACAGCAAUUCAGUUUGCUUGUAGUAUACGGGGAUAAUAUUUGUGAAGAUGAACAAAAAUGACGAUAGUUGUAAUAAAGUUGAAUAACCAG